AUGGCCUACGAUUCAGGUCGCAGGAAGUUAAUUGUUGGAGCAAAAAAUGCUUUCGUUAGCUUGGAUACAUCGGAUAUAUCACUAUCACCAAGGGUGUAUCCUGUACCUGUUAAUCAAGCAAUUAAAUCAACUUGCACAAGCGCAAGACCGACGAAAGUGCAACAAUGCGAAAAUUUCGUCCGUGUCUUACUGGUCCAUGAUGAUACCUUAUUAGUUUGUGGUACGAACGCCUACCAACCCAUCUGUCAAAAUCGAUCGCUAUCUAAUCUAGACAAUAUGUUGACAAAUCCGCAAAAUUAUUACUGUCCAAGUGAUCCAACCGUGGAUAAUGGUGCAAUUGUUGACGGAAACAAGAUCGCCUUUAGCUAUAACCAUAACGGCAAUCCAACGAUACAGAUGUCCGAAUUGGAAAAUGUAAACUCAUAUGUACGAUCGGAGGUCAACAAUCGUUGGUUAAACGAUCCUCAUUAUGUUGCUGAAAUUUCUCUUCCUGGUGAAAUUUUCUUUUUCUUCCGCGAACAUGCUACAGAAGCCGAAACUGUUGAAAAAAUGAUAUUUUCUCGUGUAUCAAGAAUAUGUAAGAAUGACCAAGGUGCUCCUAAUGCUGGCUUGAGGCAUAUGAUGACCUCCUUUCAGAAAGCGCGCUUGGACUGCUCAUUACCUGGUCAAUAUCCUUAUUACUUCAACUAUAUGAAGCAUGUACAACACAUUUCAGGAACUUAUAAUCCCAAUGGUAUUCAUACAAAGCGUGAUUUAUUCUAUGGUGUCUUUACAACUGCAACGAAUGGCGUUGUGACAUCUUCAGCGAUAUGCGUUUAUGAUGUUAAAGCUCUCAAUACUUCAUUUUUUAGCGAUUUUAAAGCGCAACGCUUCAAUGAUACAAACUCCGGACCUAAACUCGAUGUUGAUUCGGCAUGGAUCCGUCAAAAGAAUCCACUUGUAGAUCGUUAUAGACUAUGCAAGCAAAGCCCAACAACCGCAGCUGAUGAAGCUAAAGUUGCUUUCAAGUAUCAACUCAUGUAUAAUCCAGUUCAACCACUAACAGGCAGACCAUUAUAUGUUCGAACUGGCCAAUUUAGUCGCAUUGCAAUUGAUCAAGUUACAGCUAAAAGUGGUGAAGUUUACGAUGUCAUGUUUGUCAGUUUAGACACUGGUCAUGUUGACAAAGUAGUCAUGCUACUGGAUUCUGCAACACGUAAAUUCACGAAAGCUCACAAGAUUGAAACCAUAGAUGUUUUGCCAAGUUAUGCUAAGGGCAACAAUCGCAAGAUAUUAUCGAUGGAAUUGCAUAAAGCCAAUAGCAAAUCCUAUUUGUAUCUUGGUACUGAAACAUUAGUUGCCCAAGUGCCACUAAGUCAAUGUCAACGGUAUAAGAGUUGUGAGGAUUGCCUUGGCAUAAAGGACCCUUAUUGUGGAUGGAAUACUCAAAGUAAUCUAUGCACUACUAUGCCAUCUAGUAAUAUGCAACAUUGGCUACAGCGAUUAGAUGAUAGAACUGUGGACAGUUGCCCAUGUGUUAGUAGUUGUUCACUAACGGCGACUUCUGUCAGUUAUACUUCGGCAGUCUUAAGCGUCUCAUUAAGUGGUACAAAUUGCAAUAGUGGCGCAGCUUUAUUACGAGAUAAUAUAAUUUAUAAAAAUUAUACAAAUCGUAUUACGUCAACCAAUAUCCAAGUCGAUAAUCUAUCACCUGGUAAAUCGUUUACUUUUGAAAUGCGUCCUUUUCAGGCGAAAACUUGCGGCAACCUGUGUAAUACUAAAGUCACUACUAAAGCAGGUACACCCAUUUUAAACGAAUUAAGUAUUCAAAAUAAUCGAAUCAACAUUAAAUGGCGAGCUGUUGCUGACCUACCAACCAAUAAAGCUAUUUAUUAUCAAAUCUAUCGCAAAGGUGAUAACUGUACUAAAUUCAUUCACACUACCACUACAACAGCUGAAAAGUCUCUUACCUACGAAGAUGGCAAUAUUCGUACAAAUCAGCAAUACGAUUAUUCAGUUCGAGCAUGUUAUAGCAAUAAAACAGAGGAUUGCGUUGCAAGUCAAUGGAAAUCAAUAUCUACAUCGGGUAUAAUCAUUCCAACUGUAUCUAGUAUUUUUAGUUCUGUCGGAGUUACAAGUAAUCCACAAGGUCAAGGUAAUGGUGUCAACGUAUGGUUAUAUGCAUUUAUAAGUACUGCUGGACUACUUGUUAUAACAGUCAUUGUGGCAAUCUAUCUACUAUGUCGACAAUCCAAUAAACGUAAAACAUUCUAUACCGGCGAAGAUAGUAAAAAUGUAACUGAAUUAGACACUAUUACCACACCAAAUACACCUGCUGCAAGUAUCACUAGUACACCAAUGAAGAAUAAUAACGCAAGUAUUCAACAGUUUGUUAAUUUAACGAAAAAUGAAGAACUGCAUCGUUCCAACAACAAUUUAUCCAUGUCUACCAGUAAUACCUUAAAUUCUGUCAAUGGUAUACCACCUAAUUACGAUAAAUGUAUGGAUAAUCCUAAUUUAGCUUAUGAAUCGAUGAAGCCGGAAGAUCAAGUCGAUUAUUCAACUAAUUCGUUGAAAAGAGACCUUCCUAAAGCGUACCACAAUGGCCCCUAUAAUUCUUUACCAGCGGAAUUUCGCAAGAAUGGACUAGAUGGUAAACAGCAAUCGACAAAUGGAUAUGACAGCGAUAUCGUUGUACCAAAGCAUGGUAUGCAUACCAAUACUUUACCGCAUAACAUCACUAAUCAAAGUGGUCGUGGUCAAAGUAGUGCUCGUAAGCAGUUAUUCCAUAGUUUACCUCGUGAUGCAUCAUUAAAUAGUCAAGAUUAUAAAAUACGACGUCCAAAAAAGCUAGAUUUAUUACCGUUACAUGAUGAAGAUGAAUUAUCCACACCUGAUGAUGAAACUAGAUACAAUAGUUUAGGUAGACAAUCAUCUCGUCGAGGCAAUGGAUCAGUCUAUGAUAGUAGCCCAAAUGAUCCACUGCCACCAAGAUCACCACGAAAAAAGCAAUAUGAUAGUAUGCAAUCAGCAUCAGAAGAUGAAAUAAGAUAUAACAGUAUGAAUAGACGAACACCACGUAAGCAAAAAAUUCUACCCGGUAGCAAAUCCCAUACCAAUAGUCCAGUAGAUCCACUUGCAUCAUCACAAAACAAAUUUGGCAGUCUCAAUCGUGAAAUGAAUCGUAGUCGUAGUUAUGAUCCUGAAUAUUCUAUGGCUUCAAUUUAUGGUACAACACCUCGCCAGCUAUCUGUACAACAUAAUCGAAAUUAUGACUAUAAUCCUUCUUUAUCGCAAAUACCAUCUGAUGAUAAUUAUGAACAUGGCUAUCAAUCAGAUGGUCGAACACCACGAUCAAGACGAGGCAGUAAUGACUAUCCUAGCUCUAACUCAAGACGUGGCAGUUUAAAUCGUGAUCCUUCUGUUUCUGGCACAAUACCUCGUUCUAAAUACGUUCGUGAAUUAUCAGCUGGAAAUCAUCGUGGCCCAGGCAAUUUAGAAAUAUCUAGUUCAAGUUCGCAUCGUAGUAGUAAUCGUUCAGAUGCUAUGAUUGAAUCAUUCUAUUUACUAAAAGCAUAUACCGUUGUAAAUUUAACGUAA